UUUAAUACUAAGUUAAUAGGCCUACGUCUUUUUUUUUUGUGUGUGUGCUGGAAUCUAGAACUAGAAUCUAGAUCUAGAUUCUAGAGUAGAGCGACACUUUUUAGUUUAGGACAUGCCUACUGUAGAUCUAAAUAUAAAUAAAUUGGUAUAGGCCUAAUUGAAUUGUAAUUGGUUAUUAAUACACCUGGAUAAUGAUAAUGAAUGCAUUAUUUCUAUUAUUAAUAUUUAUAGCAGAUUCAGCUGCUUGUUUUAACCCUGCUUCUUAGUCACUUUUAAGCAUGAGGAUGCUAAAAAAAUGGAUAGUCAGAAACACUUUUCUCCAGUUGUUACUGAAGAGCCAGAAGUAAAAGGAUUCUCAACUAAUGUUAAAGUCAAUGAGUCUGGAGAUGACAACAUCCAAGAUCUUUCAUCCAUACUGGAUCCUCUGGAUGAAAUUAGAAUAUUACAACACCUCGAUUUUAUAGAAGUGUGCCUUGGAUGGGAACGUAACAAUCGAUACAGUAUCUACAACAAGCAAGGAGAACAGAUACUGUAUGUGUAUGAAGCUGCUCCGUGUGUAUCUCGUCAGUGCUACGGUUCCUUAAGAGCGUUGUCUCUUAUUAUCACUGACAACGAUGACCGCCGGUUACUGUAUUUACAACGACCAUUGCGAUGCUCUACCAGGUGCUUCUAUGCAUGUUGUUGCCUUCAGGAGUUGGAUAUUUACAGAAGUCGUGAAAACAAAGUUGGUGCUGUGUUAGAAAGUUGGAAUUGCUGUAUACCUGAGUACCAGCUAAGUGAUUCUUCAGAUAGCCUAAAAUUUUACUUGACCGGAACUUGCACCCAUUUUCGAUGUUGCUGCAGCAUUAAUUUUACAGUAAAAAGUACCUCCGGUUAUGAAGUAGCAUCUAUAUGUAAGAAAUGGAGUGGUUUGAAGGAAAUUAUUGGAGCCUGCAACGAAUUUAAGAUUACCUAUUUUGAUGGUCUCACCAAGGAAGAUAAAAUACUAAUCCUGGGUGCUGCCUUUCUUCUUGACUUCAAUUAUUUUGAAAGACAUGGUAAAUGUUUUUAGCAAAUGUGAUAAUUAUUAUUUAUUUUAAAAUGUUAAUGUCACUUAAUCACUUGAAUUAAUAUAUGCAUUUAAGAUAUUUAUUGCCUUUCACUUAUGCAUUUUCUAAAAGUGUUUACAUUAUUUUGUGAAUUUAUGUAUAAAAGUAUAGUGUUAAAUAUAUAAGCCAAGUGCUGUUCUUUUUUGUACUUUACUUAUUAGCUCUAUAUUGAGGAGUAACUCUGUAAUGUGCUCCAGAACUGUAGGUAAAACAACAUGAUAUUUUCUAGUAUUUAAUAACCUAUCGUUCACUUCUGUGCUACUUCCGCAAUAAAUAUUUGGAUUAAAUAAUUGUACUUAAAUAUCAUUAUGUGUUGUGAGUCCACCCAGCUCAGCUCUGAUGGGUACCUGACACUAGUUGGGGCAUAGUGUUUGAACGCACAUAUGCAUGGUUAAUAAAGUAGAAAAGGUUUUCUUGUAUUAGUACUGGUGUCACCUUUCACCGCAAUGCUCCCACUAAGAUGUGUGGCUGCUUGACCUCACAAUAGGUGUGAACCAACGAAAUGAGACAUUUUCUAAAAUACAAAUAAGUUCCCUUUUAAGUACGGAACACAUAAAAUAUAUCAUGCACUGAAGAUUUUGUUCAUUAGAGAGAAUAUUGAUUAUUAAUCUUUUUGAGUUUAAAGAAAGAUAAUGAAUGAUUUUAAAAAGUUAUUUGUGUACACCCAGUUCCAAUUAAAACUGUCUAAUUAAGUUAACUAAUGAGAGAAUAUUUUGAUGUUUGGAUAAUUAUUUUACGAUAAUUUUUUCUCAUAAAACUCAUACACUUGGCAUUAAUCAUU